AUGCCCGAAACGCAGGACCCGGACCUCCUCCGGCGGCGUUCCCCGGAGGAGCAGGCGGAGCUGCGGUGGUUCCGAGAGCCGCGUCGGUCUCUGCUGUGUUUCUGCGCUUCGGUGGCCCUCAUACUUGCUUUGGGCCUGGGCGGCGUGGGCUUCCUCUCCGCCGGCGGCUCCGGCGUGCCCGGCGAGUGGCGUCUCGGGGUCGGCGCCACGCUGUGUCUCCUCUCCCUGGCGCUUCUCCUCAAGCAGCUUCUCAGCUCCGCCAUCCAAGACACCAACUGCGUGCGCAGCCGGCGGCGGAUCGACCAGCUAAAGAGCGGCGGACGGGCCGACCCGGCGCUGGUCCUGGUUGCGGGUCUGGCGGUCACGCUGUGCGGGACGCUUUUACUCUUACGGUGCGGCCCGGGCGACGGCGGGGGGGACGUGCGGGGGUCCGGUCUGGCCCUGGUCGCCGCGGGCCUCGGCGUGGCUCUGGCGGUUGCGGGAUACGUCGGGCUGGUCUACCUCAGGAGAAGAAGGGAGCGCACCGGGAGGAGGACGGCGGCCGGCUCGGUCCGGGUCUUCUGUGUCUCGGGAGGACGGACCGACCGGGCCGGGAGAGGAACCGCCUCCGGCAGAGCCGACCUCAACUGA